AUCUGUGGAACAAUGAGAGAUGAGAACUCCAAGAAAAGCAAGCUUUCAUGGCCCAAGUCACUUGUCAAGAAGUGGUUCAAUAUCAAGAGCAAAUCCCAGGACUUCCAAGCAGAUGAAGUCUUUUAUGGAGGUGGUGAUGAAGAUUGGAGUAAUUUAUCAGAGAGGGAAGCAUGCACAAUCAAGAAAAGCAAAACAGAGAGGGUGAGCAAGAGAUAUUCGGAUAGGGUUCGACGAGGCAAGAUUGACCUCGAUACCUCACAAGUUACAGAUGUGAAUAACUAUAGGAUUUUUGCUGCUACCUGGAAUGUGGCUGGAAAAUCCCCACCAAGUUAUUUGAGUCUUCAAGAUUGGCUUCACACCUCUCCUCCAGCUGAUAUUUAUAUCCUUGGGUUUCAAGAGAUCGUUCCUUUAAAUGCUGGGAAUGUUUUGGGCACUGAAGACAAUGGCCCAGCUAGAAAAUGGCUUGCUCUUAUUAGGAAGACUCUGAAUAGUCUUCCUGGAAGUGGAACCAGUGGAGAUUGCUGCCAUACACCUUCACCGAUUCCUGAUCCAAUUGUGGAAUCAGAUGCAGACUUUGAGGGUUCAACAAGGCAGAAGACCUCAUCUUUCUUCAACCGUCGAUCCUUCCAGUCCUUAAGCCGUAGCAUGAGAAUGGAUAAUGAAAUGUCGGUUCCCCAAGCCCAACUUGAUCGACGUUUCAGUGUUUGUGAUCGGGCUAUGUUUGGGAAUAGGCCUAGUGAUUAUGAUCCCAACUUCAGGUGGGGUUCCUCUGAUGAUGAAAAUGGGCCUGGAGAUUCACCUGGUACUGCAAACUAUUCACCAAUUGCCUACAGUGGAUCGUUUUCAAUGGAAGACGGAGAUAGGCAAGGACACUCAAGGUACUGUUUGGUUGCCAGUAAGCAGAUGGUAGGGAUAUUUCUAACAGUGUGGGUAAAAAGUGAUCUUCGAGACUCUGUUCGGAACAUGAAAGUGUCUUGUGUAGGCAGAGGAUUGAUGGGUUAUCUUGGAAACAAGGGUUCAAUUUCGAUCAGUAUGUCUUUGCACCAAACAAGCUUUUGCUUCGUCUGUAGCCAUUUGACCUCUGGGCAGAAAGAGGGAGAUGAGCUACGAAGAAAUUCCGAUGUCAUGGAGAUCCUCAGGAAAACAAGAUUCCCUAGGGUUCAUCGGAUGGGAGAUGAAACUUCUCCACAAACAAUCCUAGAGCAUGACCGAAUCAUUUGGCUAGGGGAUUUGAAUUAUCGUAUUGCCCUUUCUUAUCGUACUGUAAAGGCUCUUGUGGAGAUGCGUAACUGGAAGGCAUUGUUGGAGAAUGACCAGCUUCGCAUAGAGCAGAGAAUGGGGCACGUCUUCGAGGGAUGGCGUGAAGGGAAGAUAUAUUUCCCUCCAACUUACAAGUACUCGGAUAAUUCAGACAGAUAUGCCGGAGAUGAUAGGCACCCAAAGGAGAAAAGAAGAACUCCUGCAUGGUGCGAUCGUAUAUUAUGGUAUGGAAGAGGCCUGAACCAGCUAUCUUAUGUUCGGGGGGAGUCAAGGUUCUCAGAUCAUAGACCAGUUUAUAGCAUAUUCUUAGCUGAGGUGGAAUCUAUAAACCGAAGCCGGAUCAAGAAGAGCAUGAGUUGUUCCAGUUCAAGGAUUGAGGUUGAAGAGCUGCUUCCAUAUGCACAUGGAUAUACUGAAAUGAAUUUCUACUAAGGACAGUAUCUUAAUUCUCUGCGUUUUGGUAUGCUCAACCCAAGAAUUGAAAGCAGGAGCCAUUGUGCUCCUAUCAAGGAUUCACUUAAGGUUAGAUCCUGUUAACGGAAUACAUAGGCAGUCCCCAACUUAACAAGAUGGAUACUGCUGCAAAAACUUUGGUUGGUUUGGAUUGUGAUAUUCUGAUAGAGACAUUCGAUUACCCACAACCCAAAUCAAGAUUAUGCGGAAGCUCAUCUGCGAUUGGCUGGUUCCAAAAGUUGCAUCAUUCGUUGGCCAACCAUUAACUCCAUGUACAUGCAUCUUGUUACUGAGGUAAAAAGAUCGAGAUAUAUCGGACCGGAUGAUGCAGUUGUUAUAAUUCAAGGAUUGUAUAUCUAUAGUUCGUAAAUUGACUAGAACUUGGAAGCAUAUGCUUAACUAGUUAUUAGUGACUUUGCAGGAUAUGUUGACCAACUCUGGAACCUGUUCAUUAUCUAACAAUUUGUUUUCCAGACUUGUAAAAGAGAGAAUGUACAACAGAGUGAUUUUUAUUUGAACGUUUGCUUUAUGUAAUUUGUAUAGCUCCAGUCUUGAAAGAGUUUUGGAUAUACUCACUCAUAUAUGACAUUUUAUCAAAA